AUGGAGGCGCAAUUCUGCCUCUACCGUAUCACCUCGGAAACGAUGCGCUACUACCACGUCGCCUCAGUCCUGCCUCCUGAUGCUGCCAGCGAACUCUCAGACGCUCUCUCCAACCCCACGGGUGCUACACCAUAUCAGAUCUUCAAAACCAAAGUGCUGGACCGAUUCAUGCCGUUGGAAUGCACGCGCCUCCAGCAGCUCCUUACCGAGAAGGACUUUGGCGACCGGCGUCCCUCCCAACUGCUGCGCCGAAUGCGACGGCUUCUCGGGGAGCGCAACAUCCCCACCCACUCAGCGUUGCUUCGAGAGCUUUUCCUCCGACGCCUUUCCCAGUCCAUCCGUCUUGUCCUCGCGGCGGCCUGCGACGUCACCCUCGACCACCUGUCGGAGCUCGCCGAUCAGGUUCAUGAGGCGACCUCCCCGUCCGUCACUGCUCUUACCACCUCAGACCCGGCGAUUUCGCGCCUUGAUGCCCGCAUCAAUGAGCUCGCCGCCUCAAUCGCCGCACUCCGGAGCCUCCCCCCCCCCUGCCCAGGGGACACGUUCACCACGUAUCGAUCUUCGCACUCUUUCGCGCACACAUCAAGCUCUCUGCUGGUACCACCGGCGUUUCGGACCCCGACCCACGAAGUGCACGCCCCCUGUUCAUGGCGUGGAAACGCCCACCGGGACCACUGA